AUGCUGGGCCUCUGGACCGCUGUGCUUUUCCUACUGGGAGCAGCCAAAGGAAAGGAAGUUUGCUAUGACUCCCUUGGUUGCUUUUCUGACACUGAGCCCUGGGCUGGGACAGCAAUCAGGCCCCUGAAAGUUCUCCCCUGGAGUCCUGAGAAGAUCGGCACCCGCUUUCUGCUCUACACCAACGAGAACCCAAACAGCUUUCAAACAAUCCAGCCCUCUGACCCAUCCACAAUUGAGGCUUCCAAUUUUCAAACAGACAGAAAGACCCGCUUCAUCAUCCAUGGCUUCAUUGACAAGGGAGAAGAGAGCUGGCUGGUGAAUAUGUGCAAGAACAUGUUCAAGGUGGAGGAGGUGAACUGCAUCUGCGUGGACUGGAAGAAAGGUUCCCAGACCACCUACUCGCAGGCCGCCAACAACGUGCGUGUGGUGGGUGCGCAGGUGGCCCAGUUGCUCAGCGAGCUCUCGACAAGCUAUAACUACUCCGUUUCCCAAGUCCAUAUUAUUGGCCACAGCCUGGGAGCCCAUGUGGCUGGAGAGGCCGGGAGCAGGACUCCAGGCCUGGGCAGAAUCACAGGGUUGGACCCUGUAGAAGCCAGUUUUGAGGGUACCUCUACAGAGGUUCGCCUGGAUCCUUCCGAUGCUGACUUUGUUGAUGUGAUUCACACAGACUCUGCUCCUCUGAUCCCAUUCAUGGGUUUUGGAACAAAGCAACUCAUGGGUCAUCUUGACUUCUUUCCCAAUGGAGGAGAGGCCAUGCCUGGAUGCAAAAAGAACAUCCUUUCACAAAUUGUGGACCUUGAUGGCAUCUGGGCAGGAACCCGGGACUUUGUGGCUUGCAAUCACCUAAGAAGCUACAAGUACUACUCGGAGAGCAUCCUCAACCCCAACGGCUUCACUGCUUACCCCUGCGCUUCCUACAAGGCCUUUGAGUCUGACAAGUGCUUCCCAUGUCCAGAUGAAGGGUGCCCCCAGAUGGGCCACUAUGCUGAUAAAUUUGCCGGCAAGACAAGUGGAGAAGAGCAGAAAUUCUUCCUGAACACAGGAGAUUCUAGCAAAUUCUCUCGCUGGCGAUACCGUGUUACUGUCACCCUGUCUGGACGGACAGCCACCGGUCAGGUCAAAGUUGCUUUGUUUGGAAACAAGGGGAACAGUCACCAGUACAAUGUCUUCAAGGGGAUUAUGAAACCCGGCUCCACCCACUCCAAAGAGUUUGAUGUGGAGCUGGAUGUUGGAACAAUUGAGAAAGUCAAGUUCCUCUGGAAUAACAACGUGGUAAACCCAACCUUCCCCAAAGUGGGCGCUGCCAGGAUCACCGUGCAGAAGGGAGAAGAGCGGACAGAGCACAACUUCUGCAGCGAAGAAACUGUGAGAGAAGAUGUUCUCCUCACCCUCACACCCUGCUAA